UGUACCGAAGGAUUCAGUGAGGACAUUACAUUGAGGAAAGCGAUUGACAUUUUGAAUGGACCUCACUGAUAAUAGAAUCGGGGUUCAUUUGUUUAAUUUAUUUUAGCUUCGACGUAAAUUGUAGCACUACCAGGAUGAUUUCACUUUCUAGAUUUCUUCAGAGAACCGAAUCUGUUGUAGUAACAAAACAAGUGCGGAGGUGUCUCUCGGCCCAGACGGAUGGAGAAGUCCGAAUCACACGAAUCUUGAGAGAAAAAUUUCCACAAGCAACGUCAGUAAAAGUUUUGGAUAUUUCAGGUGGCUGUGGAGCCAUGUAUGAAGUACACUUAGAAUCAGACGAAUUUAAAGGGAAAAGAACAGUGCAACAGCAUCAGCUAGUCAACCAGGCACUUAAAGAUGAAAUACAGGGGAUGCAUGGCUUACGGAUAUUCACAGAAGUUCCCAGAAAGUAGGAGCAAGAGCUGCUUCAGACAGUUGUUGAGAGAUCCUUAACUUGACUAAUGGAGAAAGACCUGAAACUGACAUAAUCUGGAUGUGGUUUUUGCAGUAAUGGAAACCAACAAAACUGAAAAUGCUCUUUGUUAGUGAAAGAUACAUCAAUGUAGCUAACAUUAAAAAGAAAUUUGUAUUAUUACGUUCUACACCUAAAAUAUUUAGGCUUGCCAUUUGAUAGUUCAAAGCCAAACAUUUACAGACAAUGUGAUGGGAGGAACACCAUAAAUAUUUACAUUAAAUAUAAGUACCCCAAUAUUCAGCAUUUACUGCACAUGAUUGUUUGUCUGUAUUUUUAGUGUUAAGGCAGCAGAAUGAGGUUAUUGGAAUUCCUGACCAUAGGUUUUUAAUAAAUGAUGCCCUUCUCCUCCAAGAGGUGUAAGGGUAAAAACACUGAUACGCACAAUGUAAGUAAUUAAGUCAGUAUGUUUUAUUUAUGCCAUUUGUAUAUGCCAUAUGUGUAUCACUAACCAGUGGAGAAUUGUUGGUUUGAAUGUGAUUAAUACUCCUCCUUGAAAUUUAAUGAACUUCUGCUUUUAAUGAAAGCACAAAAAACUGUUGUAUUCUGUGUUUGAAGCACUGAAAAUCAAACCAGGUUUUUUUCUCCAUAUAUGGUGUCGUAAAACAUAAAAUGUCCAGUACUUUUUAUUUUACUGUGUGUCUUGCCUGUCUGCGAUUGCUCGCCACUCUAAUUGUUCAUGAUCAUGACACAAUUGUUACUUAGCUGUAAUGUAACUGCUAGAAUAAAACUCAUUGAGUUCUACAUUUCCAUUAAAUAAUUGUA